AUGUCGAAAUAUCUGCAAUUGAUUGACUUAGAAAAUACAGAAGAGAAUCGUCGUCUGUAUCGCCAAGUUUUAUUUCGAGAUGCCAAAAAUCUUUCGACUUAUGUGUCCGGUGUAGUUUUCCUCCAUGAAGCAUUGUAUCAAGAUGAUGACAAUGACAAAUUAUUUCGUGAUACAUUGAAAGAAAAUGAUAUUCUAUGUGGGAUCAGGGUUGAUAAAGGCCUUGUAUCAUUGGCAGGAACAAGGGAUGAGAAAACAACACAAGGCUUAGAUGGCCUCGGAGAACGAUGUACUCAGUACUAUAAAGAAGGUGUUAGCUUUGCUAAAUGGCGUUGUGCAUUGAAAGUCGGUGAUGGUUUACCGUCGUCAUUAGCUAUUCGUGAAACGACACAGGUAGCAGCACGUUAUGCAUCCAUCUGUCAACAAAACAGGAUGGUUCCGAUCAUUGAACUCGAAGUUGUAGUAAAUGGUGACGAUGAUUUAGACAGAUGUGAACACGUCAUAGAGAAAAUUCUAGUUGCAAUCUAUCGCGCACUGAGUGAACAUCAUGUUUUCUUGGAAGGUACACUCCUUCAACUAAAUAUGAUCACAGCAGGUGUCAAUUGUAAAAAAAGAUACACGCCGAAAGAUAUUGCUCAAACAAUGAUAGUAGUGUUACGACGAACUGUUCCACCUGCUGUUCCAGGCGUUUUCUUCUCAUCUGGUAAUCAAUUGGAAGAAGAAUUGUUGGUUAGCUUGAAUACAAUCAAUCAGAUUCCAGAUAAGAAACCAUGGAUAUUAACAUUCAGUUAUGGACAAGCAAUGCAAACGAGUGUUCUUCGCAUCUGGGCUGGAAAACCAGGAAAUAUCGAACUAGCACGAAAUCAACUUUUAUCGAGCGUCAAAGCAUAUAGUGCUGCGUCCAAUGGUGAAUACAAAAAUGAUGGUAAAGACAUCAUUGAUGGCUAA